AUGAUUCAACAUCCUGGAAUCAAGAAUGAAACAGCAAUUAUUUUGAAAGGACUUCAGGGAACAGGUAAAAACAGAUUUACAGACAUUAUUUCUGAACUUCUCGCUGGUUAUUCAUGUAAAAACAUUACCGAAAUAGGUGAGUUAACGGGUAAUUUCAAUUCAGUAGUUGAGAAUAAAAUGUUUCUUGUACUUAAUGAACUCAAGAAUGUAGGUGAAGACAGACUCGCAAACUUCAACGCUUUGAAAUCAAUUAUAACGGAUAAUGAGAUUAGAAUUAAUGAAAAGAAUCAACCCAGAAGAACUGCUCAGAACGUUGCAAACUUCAUUUUCGUAACUAACAACGUCUACCCUGUCAAAAUUGAAGUUGGAGACAGAAGAUACGUAGUUUUAAGAGUUAAUGGUAAAUUUAAGGGUCAAUUUGAUUAUUUCAAGAAUUUAAUGGAUUCAUGCACAAAGGAAUUUUAUGAUAACCUUUUAACAUAUUUUAUCAAUUACGACCUUUCAUCAUUUAAUGUACGAAUCAUUCCGAUGACUGAAGCCAAACAAGAUUUAAUUGAAUUAUCAACAAAUCCUUUAGAUGUAUGGAUAAAUACACAUUAUGAUGAAUUGUGUGCAGGUAUGACGUGUGAAAAUGCUCUAUUCUGCAAACCAUCAGACAUGAAAGACAAGAAUUUCCAAAUGAGUAUUAAGGAUAAAUGUGAUAGGAAACAUAGAAGAAUAGACGGUAAACAAACAUGGUGUUAUGUUUUGAAAGAAGAAAUGAAAGGAUUAUAUAAACAGGUUGAACCAAACGAUAAUGAGGAUUCAUUUACUGAUGAUGAAAUACCUGUAAAUGAAGCUUUAUUAAGUAUGAUUUGA